AUGGGGUUUUGGUCAUUGUUGGAGGUGGCUUCUAUGCCAGUGAUUCAAGUUCUCAUCAUAAGUGUUGUUGGAGCUUUUUUGGCCACUGAUAGAUGCAAGCUCUUCCCUGUGGAAGCUCGCAGUUCCAUGAACAAGGUGGUGUUUGUACUAUUUGCACCGGCUCUGAUGUUUGCAAAUCUGGCUCAGACGGUCACACUUGAGGACAUGAUCUCAUGGUGGUUUAUGCCGGUGAAUAUGGGACUUACAUUCUUAAUCGGAGGAAUUCUUGGUUGGAUUGUUGUCAAGAUUCUGAAACCACCUCCUUAUCUUGAAGGUCUUAUUGUUGCAACUUGUUCUACAGGAAAUAUGGGAAACCUACCAAUCAUACUUGUCCCAGCAAUCUGCGACGAGGACAAGAGUCCAUUUGGUAACCGAAGUGUAUGCAGAACCGUUGGACUCUCUUACGCGUCUUUCUCCAUGGCGCUAGGGGGUUUCUACAUAUGGACUUACACGUUCCGACUUAUAAAAGGGUCAGCAAUGAAAUUCAAAGACAUAGAAGAGUCUGAGAAAACAGCAAUUAAAUCAUCUAAUAGUGACUUAGAGGCUGAUCACGAGACCCGUCUCCUGGGUGCGCCAGAAGAGAAGCUGGUUAAACAAGAGACAGGGUUUUGGAGAAAAGGAGUAGACUUCCUCCAUGAGAUAUUAGAGGAGCUUCGUGCACCACCUACAGUUGGUGCGAUUAUUGGUUUCAUCUUCGGCGCGGUUACAUGGCUCAGAAAACUUAUCAUAGGUGAUGAUGCUCCUCUAAGAAUAGUCCAAGCCACAGCAAAACUCCUUGGAGAUGGAACUAUCCCUUGUAUGACAAUUAUACUAGGGGGCAACCUCAUUCAAGGUUUACGUUCUUCUGCUGUCAAACCCGUUGUUGUUCUUGGAAUAGUCUGUGUUCGAUACAUACUUCUCCCAAUCAUCGGUAUAGGCAUCGUCAAAUCAGCUGAGAGUUUUGGGUUUCUUCCAGCAGAUCCUCUGUUUCAGUAUGUUUUAAUGCUUCAGUUCACUCUCCCACCUGCCAUGAAUAUCGGUACAAUGACACAGCUGUAUAAUGUUGGACAAGACGAGUGCUCAGUGCUCAUGCUUUGGACAUACUUGGUCGCGAUUCUGGCCCUCACUGUGUGGUCCACAAUCUUCCUUCAUUUGUUGGUCUAGACAAAACCUGGGAGCACAAGAAAGUGUUAUAUCUAUCUAUAUAUCUAUCUAUCCGCAAGGGAUCUUUACCAUUCUUUUUCUUUGUCUAUCAAAUGAAAGCUUGAUCAUACUUGAUAGAUUCUUCUGGUUGCAUUUCUACAAGUAUUCAAUUUUCCCCAUUGCACAUUCAGAAGUUGCAUUAUGUAUUACAUCAGUUCAAUGAAGAAGGUUGUUGUACUU